AUGUCGCAGCUGAUUUUGAGUGCAUUGAGAGACGUGAUUCCAACGCUGCCAGAACCUUAUCCAAGGGAAGUAGUUGAUUAUGCAAACUACAUGUAUAUUUCCUCAAAACAAACUUGUCCUUUGGCUGCCCAAAUGGAAAUCGCACGGUUCCAUCUAUGCUGUUUUCUGGCUGUCGAAAAACUGAAGGACAAGUUUGAUCUCCCAGACCCCAACUUGAACCGUAUACCAGCUCCCAAACGUAAGGCAGCUGCUGUUCUGGAGGAGUUUCGAAAUCAACUAACGGGCCGCAAGAGACAUGUGGAGCCUCCUAUAACUCCUUCGAAGAGAAGAAUCAUCGAGCUAGCAACACCAGAAUCCACACCUGGUAAGAGGCGUGCAAAUGCUUUAACUCCAAGAUCGACACCCUCGAAAACGAGGAAUAUGCUAGCAACUCCUGAGAGCACACCCAGGAGCUUAAAAACGGAGAUCAAGAACGAACAACCAUUGGAUAUCGGGUCUGCAGCCAAGUCUUUGCAGGACAAAUUGCUUGCUGCCGCAGAUGAAAUAAAGGGCCCUUCCAAAAGAGGACGUAAAAAGGGAUUCAAGAUGCUGUCGAUGGCAGACCGGUCUCUGAACGACGACACGAUUAUCACGACUGCUCAUUUGAUCUCAUUUUGCAACAAGUUUUACCUGCCAGAAGACAUUACAAAGAACAUACUAAAGACGUAUACGAAUUACUACUACCGUACCAAAAGUCCAUGGGGAUUGUUAUGUGGACUGGUCUCAAUCGCAUUCUUGAGGCUAAACCGAGAAAAAGUGGAUGCCAAAAUGGGAUUCAAAACACAGUUUUUCAAAAAUCUACAGGUGCACGAAAACGGUGGCCUCAAGUAUAAUGAACUACUGGAUUGGAUCGCGCUAGUUGAAAAAUUAUGCGAAACGGAAAAGUGGGUGCGCGAUCUGGAGGACAAAGACCUGUUGACAACCAAAUCCAAGCUUCCAUUUGGGCUGCCGACACUUAACUCCUUCAUUGGAAACCAAGUGUGUUACUAUUCCGAUGGUGCGAUCCGCGAGUAUGAAAAUUGGAUAGGCAGUAUCAAGAAACAGACGAGCACCUAG